AUGAAUUUAGAAGACCCAGUAGUGAAUCAGUCGUUUACAACACAUACAAUUGAAGAUAUUGAUGCAAAUUCUUCUUUGGAACCAACGUUUGAAUUUAAGAAAAUAAAUGAUGACAGUGUGAAUCUUGCAUGUGACGAAGAUGAAGCUAAGGAUCUAAGCAUUAUGGGUAAGGUUUUCAAUACACCUAAGGAUGCAUAUACAUUUUAUAACCAAUAUGCUUUUCUACAUGGAUUCGGUAUACGUGUUCAUUGGAGCUUUAAAAAUAAGACCACAAAUGAGCCUUAUCGGAAGACAUAUGUAUGUAAUAAACAAGGCUUUAAAAGUUUGAAGGGUAAUACUUUAUGUGGAGGCACUAAGAAGCGUCGUAGAGAUUUGAGAACAGGAUGUCAAGCAAUGCUCCGGAUUUCAAAAGGAAAAGAUGGAGAAUGGUUUGUGGAUGUGUUUAAUGACAAGCAUAAUCAUGAGUUAAGUAUUACACCUACCAAAGUGAUGAAACAUCGUUCUCAUGGGAAGAUCCACCGUUCAAUGGCGUGCAAGUCUCUUAUGGUGGAACUUGGUCAAUCAGGGUUAAGGCCUUGUCAAAUCAAAAAGGCUGUCAAUGUAAUGAAAACUCCAUAUAAUGUCGAUGUUACCUCAAAGCAAUGCGCCGAUGUUUUAUUCGAGCAACGAAAACAGUACAAAGGUAAAGAGUUUUAUGGGUUGAUUAAACAUUUCCAAGAUAAAGCACUAGUAGAUAGUAACCAAUAUUUUGCCGUGGAUUUGUUUGAUGAUGGGUCUCCUAGAAAUGUUUUUUGGGCUGAUGGAAGAUCACGAGAUGCAUAUACUAAGUUCGGGGAUGUCGUUGUGUUUGAUGUCACAUACAUGACAAACAAAUUUAAGAUGCCAUUUGCUCCGUUUAUUGGUGUGAAUCAUCAUGGUCAGUCUAUAUUGUUUGGUGGUGCAUUACUAGAAAAUGAAAAGGAAGAAACUUUUUGUUGGCUAUUUGAACAUUUCUUAAAGUGUAUGUUUAGCAAGUAUCCAGUGGCAUUGAUAACAGAUCAGGAUAAAGCUAUGGGUAAUGCAAUCAAACAAGUGUUCCCAAACACUCGACAUCGCUUCUGUGCAUGGCACAUUAAGAAGCAUGAAUUGGAACAUCUCCGACCACUUGUAGCCCGUUAUAAUGAUUUUAGAGAAUCUUAUAAACAAUGGGUCAAGAGUGAUACAAUUGAACAAUUUGAAAGAAAUUGGGACAUUAUACGUGAUAAGUAUAACAUCGAAACUAACAGUUGGAUAGCCGAAAUGUAUAACCAACGAACACAUUGGGCCAAAGCCUUCUUAAAAGAUGUUUUCUUUGCUGGCAUGACUACAAGUGGAAGAAGCGAGAGCAUUCAUUCAUUUUUUGAUGGAUUUGUUAAUUCCAAGACCAUGUUGAAUGAAUUUGUACUCCAAUAUGAUAAAGCAGUCGACUCUCGAAGGGUUGCCGAAGAAGAUGAAGACUUCAAGACGAUGAACUCCAGUCCGGUGCUUUCUUCUGUUCAUCCGAUAGAAGCAAAAGCAGGUCAGUUUUAUACAAGAAAAAUGUUUGAGGUUUUCAAAAAAGAAUGGAUAGAAGCUAAUUGUAAUUUAACCCAUGAGACUUUAAGUAAAACCCCAGAAGAAAUAAAAUAUAGGGUUGGGCAACUUAAUAUUGAGAAAAGACAUUGGAGAAUUGUUAGCUUUCAUUUUGUGGAUCAUGUGAAUGUCACGUGUUCAUGUGCUAAGUAUGAAACAUAUGGGAUAUUAUGCAAGCAUAGCCUCUACGUGAUGAAGAAAAGACAUGUUGAAACCCUUCCUAAUCACUAUAUUUUACCAAGGUGGACACUUAGUGUUAGGUACAAGGUGGGUAAUAGCAGCAUUAGACUCGAUGAAAUGAAUAGUAAAAAUGGAGUUAGUGCCUUAACUUUAUGGUGUGUUCGUUCAAACUGUGACAAAGCAAUCGAACAAGCAAGUGACUCGCCUACAGAGAUAGAAAAAUUCAAUAGUUUUGUAAUAAAGUUUUUAGAAGAUCAAAGGAUUCGAAAAAAUUCUAAAGAAUUUGAGACUGUGUCUCUAGAUCCAUACAGGGGAAUUUCUCAAAUAGAUAUGACACCUCAGUUAUCUGUUCGAGAUCCUGUUGCUCCGAAAAAUACGAAAGGGCGUCCAAAAAAUGCAACUCGAAUUAAGUCUUCUUUAGAGAACAUGAAGAAAAAGAGAACAUGCUCUUACUGCCAAAUACUGGGUCAUUAUGCCACCGGUUGUCCAAAAAGAAAGGUGGAUGAAUCUGUAGCAGAAAAACAGUGA